UAGGUUCGCGUCUUGGCUAAAUCUCUCUCGCGUGUCUGUCAUGUUGUGGUCAAUAUAUUACAGUCACGAUACGGGAUCGAUAGCGGUUCGCGAAGGAUAUUCGUGUAAGAAUAGAAACAUUAUGAAUGAGAAGAAUGUACGACAGUGAUACGAUUAUUCAACUGAGAGGUCCGAGUCGAGUUGGACAUUAUGAAUGUCAGAAAUCAGAAAUGCGUCAGUAAGUUCUCGCUCUGCCUGCGGAAAAUUCGCAGGCUAUAGCUCUGCAAAGAGGGAUUGUCAGGCUGAUCGGAUCCUUGAUUGAUGGAGAAAAUCUUUCGGAAAGCAUGAAAUGCGAAGAAACAGCUUCAAGAAAAACACAGUCAGUCCAUUGACGCAAAAAAUAAAGGCUCCUCAACAUCUACUGCGAUUUAAAGACGAAGAAGAUGGGUUUGAUAACGAAUGGAGUGGUCGUUUCCGGCUGCCUAGUUUGCCACGGCAGAAAUCGUGGAAGGAUGAUGAUAACAUUUUGUCCAAUGAGAACAGUGCGGCAACAUCUAUCUCUUGGUCACAAGAGGUGGAAGAUACAGCCACCAAGAAACUGGAAGAACAAUGGGCAAAUGUGGAGAAGACACUCUACGAGGAAGAGGAUGAUCAGCUGGUUCAAGGAUCCGUUUUGGAUGAAUGUAUACAAUGGAGAACGCAGAUCCCAUAUUUGAGAAUAAUUGGCCGAAGUUCAGCACAAAACAAUCUUUGCACCAAUAAUACUAAUACAAAACACGAUAUUGUUUCCAAUGACGAUAGGAUGAAAAGAUUCGAUAAUCUACAAAAUGAUAAAGUAUCUAUAGAGCAUAGUCAACAUUCAACAAAGAGAGAGGAAGGAGAAGAUUCUACACAAUACAAAUACAACAUAGCAACAUUUGAAGCUGUACUUGACAUACUGAUGGAGCAUGUAAUCGCUGAGAUCAUUCCUAACAAGGAGAAUGAUACAGAUUCUUUGUGCGAAAGUCUAAGCAGUGCUUUAAAAAUAGCCCCUGCUCCUGUUUAUGGCAACAGAAAUUCAUCAAGAAACUCAAAAACAAAUUGGACAGAAGAAGCAAUUUCUCCUAAUUAUAUUGAGAACAAGUCUUUAAGCAUACGAAAUCGAUUGUUGGAUACAGAAAAUUCUCUUCAGACAAUAAAGAAUGAUACAAAUUAUCAAAAAGUUCAAAAGAAACAGAGAAGUUCAAUUUCUGCAAAUAAAUCAAAUAAAAAUAAACCAAGAGACUCUGAUAGUACGGAAGACGAUGAUGCAUCAAAAGCCAAGGAGAGAUUAGGCACUCCACAUAUAGGCAGAAAUAAGCUUGGUACUAUUUUUAACGAGAGAAUUGUUGUGAGUCCUGUGCCUUUUGCGGUAUCUACACGAGAAAGCUUCUCUACCUUAAAUACUAUUCCUAUUAGAUUCAUGAAUGAGGAUUUAGAAAUUUCCUCUUUUCAAGGAUCAGCCCGAAACAUUUCGGGCGAUUUCCGUGGUUCUGCAAAAAGAUCGAGCGUUUUGAGAAAUUCAAAUAUUCAUUCUGCCUGGCAAACUCCUGUCUGUCCCACCGUUUGGCCAAAAAAUAUUCGACUCGCGCCCAUAGAUACUUCGAGACUUCCUGGUAACAAAAAUAGAUUAUUCGCACCAUCGCCCGCUAUCUUACACUGCAAUAGGAGACCACUAAGUCCGAUUUCUCGUUCAAAGAUACCGAAAUCUGCUCACGCGACUCGCGAUCUGGAGGUUCAGGGAAAACACAUCAUUCCUUCGCAAUCAAAAAUCGGUUUGCUCUCAGCUGGCUGGGAUUAUAAUUCCAGAAUGGUCACAAGCAAGAAAAAGAAAGCUCGAACAACAGAGGGCUCCUGAAAAAAAAAAAUAAAAAUGCCUAAUGCAAAAAAGUUGAAGCGCUUCGAACACUUGCUUAUAAGAAAUAUAUUUUUCUAAAAUGUGUCGUAAUAUAAUUGUCUUAUUGUCUUAGCGUUUGUAAGGAAACCGAAGAGUACAAAACAUGCUGCUUCAACGCGUUCGGUUUCGUAGCAGGAUAACGCUUGGAGCACGGCGGAAACCGCUUUAAAACGAUAUAUAUAUAUACAUGUAUACAAAUGUAUUUAUUGUCGUGUAUAAUUUACGAAAGAUAAUCAUUGCAAUCGCAUACGCACAUGCGAUGUUGUGUGAUUUUUAAAUACGAUUGUUCCAUAAAUCAUAACUGUUUCUACCUCA